AUGAGGCAAUAUAUGUCUCCAAAUGUGAAACAGUUCGAUAAAAUAUUACGAUUGGAGACAGGCAUGUUUCUGAAUUUGGCUGUUCUCGUGGUGAUGCUGGUUAUCUAUCUAGUACGAAAGAGACGUGUUGCAAAAGAGAGAAGGGCAGCACAGCGUGAGCGAUAUGAAAUGGAUUUCACGCCUUCUACGAGAGGUGGAUCAAUAAAACAGGCAAAAACGGGGUAUUUUGACGUGGUUGUGAUAGGUGGUGGAUCAACUGGCGUAGGGGUGGCAUUGGAUGGAGCAACAAGGGGGUUACGUGUCUGUUUGGUGGAGCAGGGCGACCUGGCAUGUUCAACCAGCUCAAAGUCAACCAAACUGCUUCAUGGGGGAGUUAGAUAUUUGGAUAAGGCUGUUCGAAAAAUGAGCAUUUCACAAUUGAGGCUGGUUAUUGAGGCACUGUACGAAAGAAAGGCAAUUAUGGAGAUAGCACCCUAUUUGUCUCAGACAAUCAGAAUGUUUGUACCACUUUACAGCAACCUGCAAACUGUCUUCUAUUUCUGCCUAUUGAAAUUGUACGACUGGCUUGCUGGUUCUAGGUCACUGGGUAGAAGCUACUUUGUUGGGCAAGAACAGGCAAAAAUGUACAAUUUCCACUUCAGGGAGAAGAAUCUGACUGGUGCCAUGGUCUACUACGACGGAUCCAUGGAUGAUUCGAGGCUGAAUGUCAUGCUUGGAGUCACAGCCGCAUUCCACGGUGCAACAGUUCUAAAUCACGUGAAAUUCAUAUCAUUUGAUUCAAAUCAGGGACAAAUGAUAUGUGUAGACAGGCUUACGAAGAGGAAGUUCAGUAUAAGAACGAGGACAGUAGUGAAUGCUACUGGGUCAUACACCGAUAUAACGAGGCGUAAGACAGGAAAGCAGUCGAAUAUGAUGGUUCAUAGCACUGGGUCUCACAUUUGUAUUGAUUCCAAAUUUGGUCCAGUAGGAAUGGGAUUGGUUGAUAAGUGCACUGUAGAUGGAAGAAUGUUGUUUGUGGUACCAUGGAUGGGAUUUUUGGUGGCUGGUGCUACUGAAAGAGUCGUCCAACACCCAUCUGCCGUUCUACCAACUAAAGAUGAUCUUGAUUUUAUAGUAGCAGAAAUUAACAAAUUUACUAGUACUAAACUGUGCCAUGAGGACGUAAAGAGUAUUUGGACAGGAGUUAGACCAUUGGUGCAAGAUUCAGGGAGCAACAACAGUGAGAAUUUGGUCAGGUCAUUCAAAAUAAUUGAUGAUAAAAACAAAGUUGUUUCAGUCACAGGCGGAAAGUGGACGACCUACAGAACAGCAGCAAAAGAAACAAUUGAUUUUCUGGUUAAAAACUACAAACUUAAGGCAAGUAGAAGUUGUGUCACUGAGGAUAUUCGCAUUGUUGGAUCUACUGGAUACUCCAGAAACAUGUUUUAUAGGAUAGCAGAGUGGCAUGAGAUAGAUUUGUCGUAUGCAAAGCAUCUACAACAAACAUACGGAGCAUAUUCAUUCAAAUUGGCUGAAUAUUUGAAGAAGCACAGAAGUAGAAUACUGGUAGAGUACGAACACACGUAUGCAGAAGUAUUGUACGUGAUGAGACACGAAUAUGCGAUUACAUUGGGUGAUAUCGUAAACAGACGAUUUAGGAUUGGAUUCAUUAAUGUAAGGGACGCGGAGAGAAUGGCCAUCAAAAUACGCGAAUUCCUUGUAUUGAAUAAUAUUUGGUCUAACACCACUGCUAGGAAAUAUAGCAAUAUGUUCUAUGCUGAAUUAGAUGAGUUUGGCUGGUCAAUAUUAAACAAUCCACUGUAUUUUAUUCAUCUGAUUUUGAUUUCAUCAAAAUUCGUAUAA